AUGCCAUUUGAGAGGAUAGCGAAGGAUAUAGUGGGUCCGCUACCCAAAUCUGCAAGAGGUUACCAAUACAUUCUGGUCAUCCUAAAUUAUGCCACUCGCUACCCAGAAGCCAUUCCCCUUCGGACGAUGUUUUCCAAAAAUAUCGCCAAGGAAUUAGUGCUCCUGUUCACCAGGGUAGGGAUUCCAAAGGAGAGCCUUACUGACCAGGGGACCCCCUUUAUGUUCCACCUUAUGGUGGACCUUUGGGCGCUGUGCUACGCGGAGCUGGGCACCAUGAUCACUAAGUCUGGAGGGGAAUACGUGUAUCUGAUGGAAGCCUAUGGGUCAGUGAUGGCCUACCUCUACUCAUGGAGCACCAUCAUGGUCCUACAGCCCUCCGCCUUCGCCAUCAUCGCCCUAAGCUUCGCAGAGUACACCUCCACGCCGUUCUACCCAGGAUGCACUCCUCCCAUUAUGGUCACCAAGUGCCUGGCUGUAGUGUGCAUCCAAGGAAACACUGAGAAUCUGUCCAACCCAUUUGAAGGAGCCUCAACCUCCUUUGGAUCCAUUGGACUGGCGUUUUACAACGGGCUCUGGGCCUACGAUGGGUGGAAUCAGCUGAACUUUAUAACAGAGGAGCUGAGAAACCCAAACAGAAACCUUCGCCUGGCCAUUAUCAUUGGUAUUCCCCUGGUGUCUGUGUGCUAUGUGCUGGUCAUCAUUGCCUACUUCAGCGCCAUGACCCCUACGGAACUACUGCAGUCUCCCGCUGUCGCUGUGACUUUUGGUGACAGAGUGCUGUACCCCCUGUCGUGGGUAGUCCCUGUGUUUGUCGUCUUCUCCACCUUCGGAGCGGCCAAUGGGAGCUGCUUCACAGCCGGCAGGCUGACCUAUGUGGCAGGAAGAGAGGGUCACAUGGUACAAAUCUUGUCCUAUAUCAGUCUGAAGCGUUACACUCCUUCCCCCGCCCUCAUCUUCAAUGGUAUUCUGGCCGUACUCUACAUUAUCCCAACAGACAUCAGCACGCUGAUCAACUACUUCAGUUUUGCCGUGUGGGGUUUCUACGGUCUCACAGCUCUCGCUCUCAUCGUCAUGCGCUUCACCAGGAAGGAACUCAAGAGGCCCGUCAAGUGUCCCAUGCCCAUAGCAGUGCUGGUGGUGAUAGUGUCCUGCUACCUGGUCCUAGCACCUAUCAUAGACAAGCCAGAGCUGGAGUAUCUGUACUGUACCAUCUUCAUCCUCAGCGGUCUGCUGCUCUACUUCCCCUUCGUACACCGCAAGUUCAGCUGGACACGCAGGGUCAUGAGGCCAAUCACCAUGUACCUCCAGCUGCUGAUGGAGGUCGUUCCUCCUGAGAAAAACGAAUAGAGGAAGAUAAUAAACAGCCUAAACUGACUGAUGUGAUAAAAUUUAUUUUUUUGUGCGUCCCAAAUGGUACCCAAUUCCCUGUGGUGCACUACCCUAUAGGCCCUAGUCAAAAGCAGUGCACUACAUAGGGAAUAGGGUGCCAUUUCAGACGCAGGUUUAGAAAACACAGACUGUCUCAUAAUGAAGGUUCUGUCUCAUAAUGAAGGUAAUGUACUGUCACAUAAUGAAGGUUCUGUACUCUCUCAUAAUGAAGGUUCUGUACUGUCUCAUAAUGAAGGUCUGUCUCAUAAUGAAGGUAAUGUACUGUCUCAUAAAGAAGGUUCUGUACUGUCUCAUAAUGAAGGUAAUGUACUGUCUCAUAAAGAAGGUUCUGUACUGUC